AUGCCAAUGAGCCUCAACGUAGCUAAGUACAGCAAAGUGGGACGAUUAGUGACGCUUCCGCCUCUUCCCGGAGAAAGGCCCUGUGGUGCCGAACUUCAGCGCGCCUUUGAUGUACCGAAGAGGUAUUUUUCUCAUUUCUAUAUCAUCUCUGUGCUGUGGAAUGGCUUCCUACUUUGGUUCCUUACUCAGUCCGUGUUCCUGGGAGUGCCUCUGCCAAGCUGGCUUCACCUUCUGCUCAGAAUUCUUGGGGCGGAGCAGUCCCCAGGUGGUGAGCUGGCACUAUCUGUCUUCUUGGUACUCCUGUCCCUGUGGCUUCACAGCUGGCGGAGACUCUUCGAGUGCUUCUAUGUCAGUGUCUUCUCCGAUGCUGUGAUCCACGUCGUGCAGUAUUGUUUUGGCCUCAUCUAUUAUGUCCUUGUUGGUCUGACUGUGCUGAGCCAAGUGCCAAUGGAUGGCAGGAAUGUGUAUGUAACAGGGAAAAAUCUGUUCAUGCAAGCACGGUGGUUCCAUAUCCUUGGGAUGAUGAUGUUCAUCUGGUCAUCUGUCCACCAGUAUAGAUGCCACGUCAUUCUCGGCAAGCUCAGGAGAAAUAAGGCAGGAGUGGUCAUUCACUGCAACCACAGGAUCCCCUUUGGAGACUGGUUUGAAUAUGUUUCUUCCCCUAACUACUUAGCAGAGCUGAUGAUCUAUAUCUCCAUGGCUGUCACCUUUGGGUUUCACAACUUAACUUGGUGGCUAGUGGUGACAUAUGUCUUCUUCAGCCAGGCCCUUUCAGCUUUCCUCAGCCACAGAUUCUACCAAAGCAAAUUCGUCUCCUACCCAAAGCACAGAAAAGCUUUCCUCCCUUUUUUGUUUUAAGAUAACCUCAGUCAUAAAGAAUGCCAGCUAGAUGACAUUGUGAAGUCUGGAAACCAAAGUGCUGUUUCUGCAGAACUGGUUGAAAUUCUCUGUCCUACUUUUACAUCAAAAAGAAUUCAUCACAUAAGCAAAACGGUGCCCCUCAAGAAGAUGACUCUUCAGAAUGUCUUCCAAGAAGAAAUGCAUCUGGCAGACCUGUGGUUACCUGUCUGCUUUCUGCAAUGCCUUAUAAAGCCAACAAAGUGACCAAAAGUAGGCAGGACUUCUCCAGGCUGCCUCACAAGCACGCUGACCGAGAGUACAAGCAGCCUCUCCCACAUAUAUGCACCACAGAAGAGACAAGAUAACUGGAUUGCUUGUAAGGGAGCAGUGAGCUGGACUACAUAAUGAGUGGUCUGGUAGGUGCUCAAUAUUCAUUACAUUUCCAUAAAAUUGAAUUAGCCUUGGAAAGUAACAUAAAUCUGUAACUUUACACCAGUGGGAUCAGGAAAAACAGGGUUUUGUUGGAGUUAGUUUAUACUUUUCCAUAUUACCACAAAGAUUUCCAGUAAUGUAACAAUUAAAAGCCAUUUCCUCUCAUCUUCCCCACAAGUCAUAGUCUAAUGAGAAAUUCUGAAACUUCCUUAAUUUUCUGUUGACAUCCCGUUCAAGAGACCACUUCGAAAGUGAAAGCUUCACAAAAUAAAAUAUUAUUAUACUUAUGUAUAAAAAGCCUCUUUCAGUGCUCUGGACCAGUAGUGAAGCCUCAUUCAUCAGUUAUCAUUCAAACUGAAGUAAUGUCUGUCUGAGAGCAUUUCACAUAGCAGAA